CUCUUCUCCGGCAAAGAUCGAGGUGCUAUUGUCCUUUUUCCUGUGGAGUGCAAACCCCGUUUUUUUUCUCUCUCUCUCUCCCUCCCUCCCUCCUGCUCUUUCCAUUUUAAAGCAGAUUUCCUCGCACGCGCGAGCGGCUUCACAAUGUCGCGGCUUUGGGAUUGUUUUUCUCUCGAGUCUGUUGCAAAGCGGAGACUUUAACUUGAGAGAAAGUGUCUUGGGAAUACGACGCGUUUCAGGUACAUUUCACACAGAUUUUAUUUUAAUAACUUUCCCCCUGCCUUGCCACUGAGGAAAAUGUCAAAAGACGGACUUUACUGUCACUGUGAAGUUUUAAACUAAACACGUUUGCAGCUAUAGGAUGAAGCUUGCGUUCAACUGACAGAUUAGCGAGACCAUCAAAAAACUGAGAAAGUGAGAACGGCCCACCGGUGCUAUCGAACUGCGUCAGCCUGUGAGCAACGAACAAGCACCACUUUGGCUUCAUGCCCAUGAUGGAUACACAGGGGAACUACUGGGGCCUAAGUUGUUGAGAGCUGAGAGUUUGACCUAGGCCUAGUCUCUCAACUUCUCCCAUUCCUUUGGCCCGACCUUAGCGGGCCCAACAUGUCAAGCCUGGUAUAUAAUGAGAGCAGUAUGGAGGAUUGCGGCAUUGAUGACUCCUUCAAGUACAACCUGUAUGGCGUUGUGUACAGUAUUGUGUUUGUGCUGGGCUUGAUAACCAACUGCGCCUCACUGUUCGUCUUCUGCUUUCGCAUGAAGAUGCGCAACGAGACUACACUUUUCAUGACUAAUCUAGCAGUGUCGGAUUUAGUCUUUGUAUUCACACUGCCUUUCAAAAUCUUCUACAAUGUCAACCGUCACUGGCCCUUUGGAGACUGGCUGUGUAAGCUGUCUGGAACUGCCUUCAUCACCAAUAUCUACGGUAGCAUGCUCUUUCUCACAUGCAUAAGCGUGGACCGCUUCCUGGCCAUUGUUUACCCAUUCCGGUCACGUUCGAUACGCACGCGGCGGAACGCGGCCAUCGUGUGUGCCGCCGUCUGGCUCCUGAUCCUGGGCGGCGGCAUCACUGUCACAUUCUUCUCCACCACCAACCGUGCCAAUUCCAACUCCAGCACAACCUGCUUUGAGGGCUUCUCCAAGAAGACGUGGAAGACCUACCUGUCGAAGAUCACCAUUUUCAUCGAAGUGGUGGGGUUCCUCAUCCCUCUGCUGCUUAACUUGGCCUGCUCCUCCAUGGUGCUGCGGACACUACGCAGGCCGGCCACACUCUGCCAGAUAGGCACCAACAAGGAGCGUGUCCUGCGCAUGAUUGUGGUGCACGUGGCUAUCUUCGUAGUCUGCUUUGUGCCGUACAACUCCAUUCUCUUCCUGUACGCCAUGGUCCGCACGCAGGCACUAGCCAGCUGUAGUGUAGAGCACUUUGCCCGCACACUCUAUCCAAUCACACUCUGUGUGGCUACGCUCAACUGCUGCUUCGACCCUGUUGUUUACUACUUCACCUCUGAGUCUUUCCAGAAGUCCCUGGGCACAGGCAAAUCCCACGCCAAGCAGGACAGCGUACUACGCACAGACAUCCCUCUCUCUAGCAAGGACCCCAGUGACUCCGAGCUAAUAGAAAGCCACCCCCCUUCUAGAAACGGCAAGGACUUCAUGUCAGAGACCCACUUCUGACUAGGUUGAGGAACCAGGUAAACUGGUGGCCAGCUCGUUGCCCGAGAUUGAGGGUCAAAAAGUUAAAAAAAAAAAAAAAAAACAUUGUUCUUUCAUGAGUCUCACAGGCAAAUUAAAGGGGAGAUGCUGUGAAGUCUUGAAGCACUGGGAACUAGGGUUUGCUGGAAGGAAAUGAUCAGUGUUAUUGACAUUAUACUGUAAAUCUACUGUUUGCUUUAAUGGAACCAUGUGACGUAUUUGGGUUAGCCUAAUGCUUCUGUUUAAACGUCCUUGAGCAGAUAACACGUUUUAAAUGGAGUUGGUGUGACUGGGCUUAGAAGGAGGUGUAAAUUUACUUGGGCAUUGUUCAAAAGCCUUGUCAAAGGUAAAAAAACAACAGUCAGGGCCAAGAUGGGCUCCUCUGGUAUACUGAGGACAGCCGCGUUGACGUAAGGUCACGCUCUGCAGGGCUUUCCCCACCAGUCAGACUCUUGUCCCCAUUUACCGUCACCACACUGAAGAGUGUCGAAUAUGCAGCUUGCUGGAGCCUCUGUUGUGCAUAGUUGUUGUGCAUACCGGCAUGACCACUGUUGCUUUUGUAAAUGGUCCCCCGGGAGGGAUUUUGAAGUGAACAAAUCCACUGACAUUCAUGUGUUUGAACAAUGCGUUUGCACAAUCUUCCACCUUGAUCGCCUUAUUCCCGUUAAGUCUAACUUGCAGCCAUGUACGUGCUCACAAAGAUGCAAACGAAUCUGCACUGCAUUAACUUUUUUUAAAAAAACAAAAAUGUCUCCCCUCACGUGCUAAAAUGAAAUAUUGCCCUAUUGCACUGCAUUCAAGUGUAUUAUAUUGUUCAUAUGAAAAGAUAGUAUUGAACAGAAACGGCUGUGCUCAAACGAAAUGAGGAUCAUGAUAAAGCAUUGCAAAUGUAAAACGAAAAAGAGACUGCAAUUGAACGUAGUGAACAAGUGUCCAUUGUUAACAACAGAGCACUUUUAUAUGUGGAAUUCUGUGAAUGUCUGCCUUGUAGACUGUGGAAUAAGGAAUAAUAA